GCUUGUCGGGAAGACUAGAAACUGGCACCAUACAGCUCUUGAUUGAGUAGAAAAUCCUUUCAGAAAUUCCAAGCGUAAAGAAAGGAUUAGAAACUCUGCACCUCCAAAGUUGUUACUAGCUCCCAUAUUUAUUUGUGACGCUUACAAACUGGCGAAAAAACAUAUCCUACUGCAACUCUAAACCAUGACAUUUCUUUAUAUGCUCCUGCUGCUGUCCGCAUUCCCACUGAUCAAAACGACAUCAAUAUCGCCAAGACAACAAGCUGAAUCGCUCAUCAAAUGGAAGGACGACUGGUCUUCAUCACCUUCGCUACUCAAUUCAUGGUCCCUCACCAACCUCAACAGCCUCUGCAACUGGACUGCCAUUUCCUGCUCCAAAACCAGAACGGUCUCCAAAAUAGACCUCUCCAAUAUGUACAUUAUCGGAUCACUGUCCCUUUUCGACUUUCCCUUAUUUCCAAAUCUCACCCACUUCAAUCUAAAUGGCAACAAUUUCCUAGGGCGUAUACCGUAUGCCAUUGGAAAUCUCUCCAGGCUCACAUCUUUGGACUUGGGCAACAACUUGUUUGAUCAACAAAUUCCAUCUGAAUUUACAGGCAUGCCUUCAUUGACGUUCCUCGACUUGUCUCAAAAUAAUUUGUUUGGCCAAAUUCCAACUUCGAUUGGCCAACUUAGAAAGCUUCAGUACCUUGAUCUUUCAUACAACUCCUUAAACUCUUCUAUCCCUCUCUCUGUAGGCCAACUCAGGGAGCUCCAGUACCUUGAUCUUUCAUACAACUCCUUAAACUCUUCUAUCCCUGUCUCUAUAGGCCAACUCAGGGAGCUCCAGUACCUUGAUCUUUCAUACAACUCCUUAAACUCUUCUAUCCCUUCUGAGCUUGGUCUUUGUACAAGCCUCACGCACUUGUACCUGGCUUCCAAUAAACUCAACGGGGAACUGCCUCUGUCCUUGUUCAAUCUGAACAACCUUGUCGAAUUGGGUUUGGAUAAUAAUCUAUUUACUGGUCAAAUCCUUCCUUCUCUGGUCUUCAAUUGGACUAAAAUGGUCUCUUUGCAACUUCAGUCCAAUGAACUCAGUGGGGAGAUUCCUCAGAAUCUAGGCAAUUUAUCUCAGCUUCAGCUGCUCGAUUUGUCACACAACCAUCUUUCAGGGCAAAUCCCACCAUUUGUCAACGUGUUAUCUCUUCCUGACUUUGAUUUUUCUUAUAACAACUUGACUGGCCUAAUCCCAUACAACUUCCAAUGGGCACCAGCAAAUGCUUUUGCUGGAAACUCUGGCUUGUGUGGGUAUGUACAAGGACUAGACAGUAUAUCAACUUGCCCCAACAGAAAUUCCGCAAAGAAUAACAAAAGAGUUCUAAUUGGUGUCCUUGUACCUGUUUGUGGUUUAUUAAUGGUUACAAUUGUCAUUGGUCUUAUGUUCCGUAAAAAAUCCAGUCUCGUUUUGAACAAAGUCAACACUUCUGAAAACUUUGAGAGUUUGGAGUCAAUGAUAUUGCAAGAGGAAGUAAAGUUUACGUUUGCGGAAGUUGUGAAGGCUGUAGAUGACUUUCAUGAGAAGUACUGCAUUGGGACAGGAGGGUUUGGAAGGGUUUACAAGGCAGAGUUGCAAUCAGGCCAAGUUGUUGCAGUUAAAAGGCUUAACAUGUCAGACUCUAAUGAUAUUCCAGCAAUUAAUCUCCAUAGCUUUCAGAAUGAAAUCCGAACUUUGACAAGCAUCCGGCACCGGAACAUCAUAAGGCUCUAUGGCUUCUGUUCAAGAAGGGGGGGGUUGCAUAUUCCUGCUUUAUGAAUACUUAGAGAGAGGAAGCCUGGGAAAAACUUUGUAUGGAGUUGAAGGUGUUAAUGAACUUGGUUGGGCUACUAGAGUCAAAAUUGUGCAAGGACUUGCUCAUGCACUUUCUUACUUGCACCAUGAUUGCUCUCCACCAAUUGUGCACCGUGACAUAACCGUCAAUAAUGUAUUGCUUGAGUCUAAUUUCGAGGUUCGUCUCUCAGAUUUCGGAAUAGCCAGGUUAUUGAGUACUGAUUCAUCCAACUGGACAGAUAUUGCUGGUUCGUUUGGCUACAUAGCACCAGAGCUUGCAUACACUAUGCGAGUCACGGAUAAAUGUGAUGUAUAUAGCUUUGGAGUGGUGGCGCUCGAAGUCAUGAUGGGAAGGCACCCAGGGGAUAUGCUAGAGUCCCAGCUACAAGAAUCAUCAAAAUCAAGGAGGGACAAUGUAGAAUUGCUCCUGAAAGAUUUGUUAGACCAAAGGUUGGAGCCGCCAACCAAUGAAUCUGCAAAGGCAGUGGUGCUUGUGGUGACAAUGGCCUUGGCCUGUAUACGAACGCGUCCUGCGUCCAGACCCACGAUGUUAUUUGUGGCACAAAAACUCUCGGCUCAAACCCUGCCUUGCCUUCCCGAACCAUUUGGUAUGUUGACAAUCAACAAGCUAAUGGCACUAUAAAAAAUAAAACAAAAAAA